AUGGAAGAUGUUGAUAUAGCUUGCAUUGUGAUCACCAUCAUCGCCGUGAUCAUCAUAAUUGCAUGUGGUUCCUGUUGCUGUGGUACUUGUGUCCCGGAUCUUCCUCCAGAGUUAAUCCACCAAACUCCACAGCCUCAACAAGACAUUGAAACCGGACAGAAGAAAGGCUUAGUGUUCAAAGAUAUCAAAGAAGAAGGGUGUGAUAAACGCUGUUGUCCAAUUUGUUUGGAAGAGUACGAGGAUGAUCAUGAGAUUAGGCGUUUGAAGAAGUGUAGACAUUUUUUUCAUCGUUUUUGCAUUGAUCAUUGGCUUUCACAGAAGCGGACCUGUCCAAGUUGUCGCUGUUGUGUUGUUUAG